AUGGAUCUCAAGACUCUGUCGCUCAAAGAUCUCAUCGAGGGUCAAGAGUCGGCCACCCAACUCCACACCAUUUUGCAGGACAUACUGCCGCUGCUGAAGAGCGGCUCUGCUUCCACUGCUGCAACUCUUAUGACUAGGAUUUUGAGCUCAUUUUCUCGACCAAUUUCUUUACUAGAAGUUCACGGGAUGCUAGAAGGUCUGCCAAAUACUCGUGUUUCUGAUGAACGGAGACUGGAUGCAUCCAGCGAUAAGAGAAAGCUCCACCAGCCCGGAAAAGGUGGUUACAGACGCAGAGCUCAUCCAUGUACGAACACGAGAGUUGUAUCAGAGACGAUGGAUGAUGGUCAUGUUUGGCGAAAAUACGGGCAAAAGAACAUCUGCACUUCAAAAUUUCCAAGGAGCUACUACAGAUGUGGCCACAAAUAUGACCGAGGUUGCCAGGCCACAAGACAAGUACAGAGAUCGGAGGAGGACCCGUCUAUGUUCGUGAUCACUUACAUGGGACAGCACGCGUGUGUGGGCGGAAGCACAUCACCCAGUCCGCCCUCACCCUGCGUCAUCAGCUUUGGAUCGAAUGCUGUACAAGAGAAGUCCUUCCCCUCCCCCAUCCCUUCACGCGACGAGGAGGUGCCAAAUGACUCGACUCCAUGGACUUCUCCCACGGAACUAAUAUUUCCAGACUUCCCGAUUUACUUCGAUUCUGUUUCCACGGCGGCCACGUCCGGUUGCCACGCUUCUGCUGAUAGCUUAAACUUGGAGUUCAAUCCUGAGGCAUUAGAGUUUGGUGGUGUGUUCUGCUUUGGACAGGGUGAGCCACUGCAUCAGAUAUAG